AUGGGACGCCCCCUGCCCUGUGCAUGCCUGGCAUGGGCGGUCCUGCUCCUGCUGCUGGCCUCCUGGGCAGGGCAUACGGAGGCACAGGGGAGCAAGGUCCUGCAGGGCCAUGAGUGUGAGGCCCACUCACAGCCGUGGCAGACGGCCUUGUUCCAGGGCGAGCGACUGCUCUGUGGGGGUGUCCUGGUUGGCCCUAGGUGGGUGCUUUCUGCAGCCCACUGCAAAAAAAUGAAGUACACAGUACGCCUGGGAGAUCACAGCCUGCAGAGUAAAGAUGAACCGGAACAAGAAAUUUCUGUGGCUCAGUCCAUCCAGCACCCCUGCUUCAACAGCAGCAACAAGCAUGACCACAAUCAUGAUCUGAUGCUCAUCCGACUGAGGAAGGAGGCCUCCCUGGGGUCCAAAGUGAAGCCCAUUGACCUGCCGGACCGAUGUGCCAAAGUUGGCCAGAAGUGCACCAUAUCAGGCUGGGGCACUGUCACUAGCCCCCGAGAGAACUUCCCUGACACCCUCAACUGUGCAGAGGUGGAGAUCUUCUCCCAGAAGAAGUGUGAGGAGGCCUACCCAGGCCAGGUCACAGAUGGCAUGGUCUGUGCAGGAAAUAGCGAUGGGGCUGACACCUGCCAGGGCGAUUCAGGAGGCCCCCUGGUGUGUGGCGGAGUCCUCCAGGGCAUCACAUCCUGGGGCUCAGACCCCUGCGGGCGGCCCAAGAAGCCUGGUGUCUAUACAAACAUCUGCCGCUACCUCGACUGGAUCAAGAAGACCAUGGGCAACAGGUGCUGAUCGCAGAAAAAGCUGUGGAUCUCUCAAUAAACACAUCCCUGCUGCUUC